AUGCAGUCAUCUUCGGUGAAAGAGUAAGUUCCUUAAAAGAAAAACCGAAAUAUUUUCACAAAACGACUUUCAGAAUGCGACUCGUAUUUUUCAUUAUGCAUCAUUACUAGUGAUGAUAUGAAACGACGCCGUGGAGUGUCCUAUGUAAUUUAUAUUUGGUAAUCCGUUCGAGUUUCAAUAUUUCGAAUACUUUUUUCAGACAGGAGUAUGGAGCGAUCGCAAAAAUUUGAAAAUCUGUGUGGGGAUCGCUCUGGAAAUCUCGAUUAUAGGUAAUUCAAAGAUGGGUUGAAUUAGCCGAACAAAUUAUUUUCAAAAUUCAAUUUUCAUUGUUGGUUAAAAUGGCAAGAAAUCUAUUAAUUCUCUUUUUUGAGCUACGAACGUUGCUCAAUUGAACCAAAAUUCACCAAAAAGAGCGAAAAACGUCAAAUUUCCAAAUUUUUAAAUCCACUUUUUUUGUUGAUUUCAAUAAAAUCAAAGAAAAAAAUUUUUUUAUUCGAUAUAAAAAAAGAAUUUCAUGAACCUUGUAUUUGAGCUUGACCACGUGGUUUUUCAACGUUAAGCCUUCCGCUCUUCUUUUUUUUCUCUUUGUCUGAACCUUCUCAAUUCGAUUGAUAAGACGUUCCUUUCUUCCCGAAUACAUCACUGCAUAAUGAAAAUACUUGAAAAAGAUCUCCAAGCAUAGAAUUAAACGAUUUUUCCAGUAUAAAUCCAAUAAUCUUUCCCUUUUCCGAACAUUAAUCGGCCGAGUUGUAGGAAGGAGGUCAAAAAUAAUCAGAAUCUCUCAAAAAAUUUUUCUGUCCUCGUUUUUUGGAACACUUGGAUACUUUGAUUUCAUCCUUAAAAUGAUCACUUGAAGAAGAAACUAUGGUGGUCACAGACUUUAUGCUAAAACAAUCAAUUCGAUUUUUUUUUUUUGAAAACCAAAGAUCGUUUCAAACCCACGUGAAAUUUGGUCGAUAACGAUCUCUUCAAAAAAAAGGGCGAAGUCACGGCAAACAAAUUUGAGUCAUCUUUUGGUUAUUUUCUAUGAUUUUGUUUGUCUGAGAAGGACUAGAAUAAAAUGAUAGCAAAAAAUUGUUCCUUGUUGGAAAAUGAUAAGCUUUGAAGUGUCGAAACGGUAUUUGAAGAUUUUGAAGAAAUCGCGCGAGCUUUGGAUUUGCAGGGAAUUUCAAUCUUCAUUAAAGUGUUAUGAGAUAUAGUUGGCUGUAAAAAAAUUAUAGAAAAAUUUUAAAUUCCAAAUAUGAAUGAAAAAAAUAAAUAAAUAAAUUUUUGAAGCUUUUCUUUCAAGCUCAUACAUUUUAAUAAACCGCCAAGAAUCCAUGACAAAAUAUCACGGAACUUAAGUUUUCUAGGAGGAGUUGACAGAACUUUCGAUCAAAAGUAAGCCCAUAAUUCCUUCCUACUUGAAAGAAAGAAAUUAGGCGGUUUAAGGAAAGGAAGAAGAUUACAAUACUCGAGUGGGCGGAGCUUCCCGUGUAACCGAAAUAAGUCCGUGCGGUUUCUUCCGCUCUCUUUCUCUCUUGUUUCAACUUCUUGGAACCUGAUUCAGGUCAAUCAGGUUUUCCUUCCUUUCGCAAUCCUCAAAAAAGAGAGAAAUAAAGAAAAGGGCGAUUUCGAAAGAUCGAACUACAAAAAUAAGUCAUUCCUUCCUGUUUUCGUUUGGAGAGAUCGCAAUAACCUUUGCUGAUAGUAGCCUUUCGACUUUUUGUUGACGGAAAGGAAGCAAACGGGGCUGGAACUCGUAUAAAUACAGACCCCGAGGAGGUCCCAAGACAGGCCAAUCGGCAGUGCUAUCUUGGCUUUUUCUCGGGCUUUUUACUCGUCUCAAGACUUUUUUAUUUUCAUUUAGCUCACCUUUUUCGUGAAAAGCUCAACUUUAGGCAAAAAAUUCUUGUCUUGAAACUCAGAAACAAAAGCAACCUUUGGGCCUAUAGCUGUAGAAAGUCUGCAAUUUCUACUCAUAUCACGCUUCUACGGAAAAUUCGUCAUUCAGCGCUGUCUUUUGAAGUUUACUCCUCAUAGAAGAUCCGCAGAAAAUUUAUUCGCUUCAAUUUCGAGCUACGAGACUUCCUAAGAGAUUUUAUGAAAAAGCCAAGAACUUGCGAAGGCUUUUUUGAGAGUACACAUUUUCCUAUAGUAUUAAAAAUUCCACCUGCUUCUUUUGUAAAUUUUUAAGUCUAGUUGCUUUUCAAUGUCGAGUAGCAUAGAAUUUUCAAAAGAUAUGGUUUUUCUAUUGAGAUGUUGCUGCAAGGUCCGUAAAUUUCUUUUUGCUUCAAAUUAAAUCCAUUUUUUGGUCUUUCACUUGCCUGGCUCACUGCCAAAAGCUUGAAAAGUGGCCGUUCUUUGGAUUUUCGCAGUGACCGGAGCAAUAAGAUGCGCUCGGUCAGAAUAAAUAUCUCUGACCACCUGCUUUUACCCACGAAAGUGAACAGCUCAGUUUCUCUGGCGCUCUCUCGUUCCCAGCGUAGAUCGAGAGCAAAAAAAUCUAUAGCUACGCGUAGUAGUUCUGUUCCGCCUCCUUCCCGUUUCAAUUCUUCCCGUUCCAUUCACUUUUGUGCUUUUCUUCGAAUCGGAAUCGAGCCAUGGAGCCUUCAGAAAUGCUCUCCAACGACAACAGUACGUUCCUGUUCACCUCAGAGUCCGUUUCGGAGGGACAUCCGGAUAAGAUGUGCGAUCAGGUUCGUUUUUCCAUCGUUGCUUCGGAAAAUUCAGGUCUUCCGGUACAUAAUUGUUUUUAAUGGACAUCAGACCUUAAUUCUGAUGAUAAGAAACUUCAUUCGAACUUGAUCUAAUACUGAGAGAUGUAGGAUGAUCUCACUUGAAUAAACAGUGAACUUUGAAGUUUUCCACCUCAAAAUGGACAGUUUCACUACACAUUACAUGAAAUUUGAUUGAAAAAAACCUGGAAAACCAUUGAAUUCCGAUUUAAAGAUCUCCGACGCGAUUCUCGACGCCUUCAUUGCCCAAGAUCCUCAUGCCAAAGUCGCUUGUGGUAAUUCAGGAAUUCCGAAAAGGAAAAACGAAUUUCAUUCUUCAGAAACGGCCACCAAGACGGGAAUGAUCAUGCUCUUCGGAGAAAUCAACUCGAGAGCCAACGUCGACUAUCAAACUGUCGUCCGGAACGUCGUCAAGAAAAUUGGAUACGACGAUUCGAGCAAAGGUGAGGAAUUUUUCGGAAGGGAAGGGAGAUUGGGAACAGUUUUCUGGAGGUCUUCUGAAAGGAAAUUUUAGAACUUUAUUCGAGAGAAGACCUCGCAACAGCAGAAAUUACUCGUAGAGAGCUAAGAAACGGUUCAGAAUUUCUCAAAAAAUGGUCUUCUAAAGGCUUAAAGGAAUGAAUAAUGCUCAAAAUGUGCCGAAAAAUGUUCCGAAAUGGUUGCAAGAAGCUCAAAAAACUUCUUGCAACCAUUUCGGAACAUUUUCUUUCCCACGAAAAAAACGAUAGUUUUUCCUGUUUCGCUCAGAACUAGUCGAUCUGAAGAAACUUUUGAAAGUCCUUUUUUUCGGAUCAUAAGUUCAAACAGAGAGAAGAAAAAACGGAUGGGAAUGCUUUUUUUUCCAUAGAAACGAACGGCAAACAAAAAAAAAAGAUAUUUUUUCCCAUCUGAGCACACAAAUGUCUCUGGCCUAACAUGAGGAAAUCUGAUGCAAUCUCGAAAGAAUGUUUUUUUUUUUGUUUUGCUCCAGUCAUAAGUUCAAACAAAGUCUAGGAUGGAAAAUAAAGGGAUAGGAGACUUAGGAAGACUAGAACCAGGGACCUUGCAGCUCAUAGGGAAAGGGUCUGAAGUUGAGCCAUGAAGUCAAUGAAUUAUUACUUGUUGAGAGGUAAUUUUUAUUCGCUUCGAAAUUAACAAAUAAGUUUGAACCAGUGUCCUUAAAGACGUUAGGGAAGAUUCUUCCCAGCUGAGCCACGUUCGAUAUAGAUAAAUAUUUAUAGAAAUGUUAACCUUGCACAAUAUCUACCGCAUAAACCUUAGAAAGAGUUGAACCAGCGACCUCUCACACGUGUCAGAAGUUAGGUAUGAGUCUUACCAAUCGAGGAUGUACGUUAACGCAAACCUUGAAAUGACUUGCCAAUAUAAGGUUUGACUUCAAAAAAUUCUGGAGGGUUCAAAUCAGAACUUUGGACGUUGAAAAAGCCUUACCAACCAAACCACGUCAUAACUAAAGAAAGUCUGCAGGAUUCGACUACAAGACGUGCAGUGUGAUGGUGUCGCUGGAACAGCAGUCGCCUGAAAUCGCGGCCGGAGUCCACGAGCAGAAGUCGGACGACGACGUCGGGGCCGGAGACCAGGGUCUGAUGUUCGGCUACGCGACCGACGAGACCGAGGAGGCGAUUCCUCUGACCCUGCAAAUCUCCCAUCAACUCAACGCCAAGCUGCACGAGCUCCGCAGGAAUGGCAAGCUCGCAUGGGCUCGCCCCGACUCCAAGACUCAGGUAAGCACUAUUCUUGAAGCCGAAAUUAUGAAAAUGAAGCCAUCUCAUCUUUAGAUGAGCUGGUGCGCUUCUGAAUAUGUGAUAAAACUAAAUAUAAUCCUUUUCUAGCUUGGCUCUAGAACGUCUAUUGACGAUCAGAGAGCAAAUAAAUGAUCGAAAUACCUUGAUCGAAAAUAUACGCAUGAUUAUUUUCAGGUGACGGUGGAGUACAAGUUCGAGAACGGCGCGUGUGUUCCGAAACGCGUCCACACGAUCGUCAUCUCGACGCAGCACUCGCCCGACGUCACCCUGGAAGACGUGCGGAAGGACCUCGUCGAGAAGGUUGUCAAGGCGGUCGUCCCGGCGAAUCUCCUCGACGCCAACACCGUCUACCACCUCAACCCCUGCGGAUCUUUCAUCGUCGGCGGUCCGAUGGGCGACGCCGGCUUGACCGGCAGGAAGAUCAUCGUCGACACGUACGGCGGCUGGGGAGCCCACGGCGGCGGCGCCUUCUCCGGAAAGGACCCGACCAAGGUGGACCGAUCUGCAGCCUACGCCGCCAGAUGGGUCGCCAAGUCCCUGGUCAAGGCCGGGAUCUGUCGUCGGUGCCUCGUCCAAGUCGCCUACGCGAUCGGCGUCUCUCGGCCUCUGUCCAUCCUUGUCUUCUCCUUCGGCACGUCUUCUCUCAACGAACAGGAGCUUCUCCAGAUCGUCAACGACAACUUCGAUCUCCGUCCCGGCAAGAUCAUCAAGUGAGUUGAGAAGAAGAGUUGAGACUAGCUGGUCAGAAAUAACUUGAAAAAAAUAAUUUUUCUUUUCGGAAAUGUAUGGUUGAGAAAAGAAAUUCAGAAAAAAACACUCGAAUUUGACCUUUCACAAAUUUUUGAAGGAAUUUUAAUUUUUCUCACAAUUUUUUUCUAUGAAAAAAAGGUUGUAACUUGCAAGUUUUUUUAAAAAAGUUACUUUCAUAACCUCGAAAUUAAACUUUCAAAUUGAGGGAGCUCGACCUGAAACGACCAAUCUACGAGCAAACGGCCGAAAAUGGUCACUUUGGCCACAAGAAAUUCCCGUGGGAGCAGCCGAAAUCAUUGAAAAUCGCUCCAGAAAUCCUGGCAAAGGCCAAAAACGGGCCGAAAAACUGUGGCGUGGGCUCCAUGGCUCAGUAG